AGACCCUCACGUGGAGGGCGGCGGCGCGCGCGGGGGGCGGCGUUGUCGGGAGCGCGCACGCGCCGCGAUCCCGGAGCCCCGGCGAUCCCAGCACCCGGACCUUAACACCCUGGAAUUGCCCUUUUCCACGUGAAGCUCAGCCAUGACCGACCAAGAGUUUGUUCUCUGCAAGUGGAAGAGGCGUUUGUGGCCAGCCAAGGUUCUGUGCAAGCCUGGAGUUGCUGGGAGUGGUCCUGUUGCUGCCACGAAAAGGAUGGGAUUUAAAGCUGAAAUCCUUGGCUUGCAGAAGCAGGUCAGUGUGAGCUCUGCAAAUGCCUUUCCCCUGACGGAGGAGCGGAUCAAGGCCAUCGCCUCCACCCUGGAGCAAAAGAAAAACAUGAGGGAGGCCGUGGAGGAGCUGCAAUAUCGCUGUUCCCUUAAAAUUGCCCUGGAUAUUCUGCAUCAAACUGACUCAGAUGCUCAAGUGCCACCUGCAGAAGGACCAGAUCCCGAAUUUUCCUGGGAGAAUGGCGUGGGAUCUGCCCCACCCACCCCCUCCCGCAGCUCCUUGUUGCGCUCUCGCUCUAAAAAGUUGGAACCUGAGGCUGCCAAGAGGGAAAGAAAACCCCAAAAUAACUGUGGGCUGAAGGAUGAUCCCAAAGCACGGAGCCAGGGAGGUUCUGUGGCUCCAGAGGGGAGUGGAAAAGAACGUGGAAAGGGGGCAAACCCUUCCAAAGCACAUGGAAGUGGAGCCAGAGCACGUGGGGGUGGAACAAACCCUUCCAGGUGCGGUGCCAGGGACUCGUGUGUGGCACCAGCCCCUGACAGUCACAACUGCAAAAAGCCAGAGCCAUUACCCAGACAGAGGAAAAUCCAGCCCAAAACGAGGAGUGGAGUCUCCUGUAAGCUGAAGGUUGGAAGAAGUCAGCAAGGAAGGAAAAGAGGAUGUAGGGAUGAUUCCCCCCGGGAUCAAGCACAGCUGGCGCCUGAGGAGGGGUCUCUACCUGUCCCCUCUAAAUCUGUCACCGUGGAACCUCCCAGAAAGACAGGAACUCAGCCUGGGAGAACUUCCCUGGAUUUCUCCUGUCAAAGUGCCUCAGAUGAGCUGGAGAAAAGCAUCAGCAGUGAGAGUGAAAGCCUGGCAAAGCAGCUGGAUGGAAGGAGAGAGGCAGAGGGUGGAAAACACCUGGAUGGGGCAGGUGUGGCCUCAGGCACAGACAGGAAAUGCAGGAACCACUCUGGAUCCUCACCUGGGCCUUCUGGUGCCUCCCCUCAGCCUCAGGAGGAGGAAAACCAGGAUCCCUCACACCUGCCUGGGAAUAAAGCCCCUGACUCUGAGGAGGAUGAAGGGCUGGAACCUUCUGGGAUGUCUUCAAGGAGAGUUUCCUCGGAGAGCCUCCCUCCACUCUCACCUCUGGUGGAUGAAGAGGAGGAGAAUUUCCCCAGUGUUCUGUCCCAUCGAGAACCCAAAUUCUUUGAGGAAGGGAUGUUGGUGUGGUGCAAGCUGCGACGCUAUCCGUACUGGCCAGCUGUGGUGAAGGCAGUGAAGAGGAAGCACCGGAGGGCCUGUGUGCUCUUCAUAGAUGGCACCACGAAUGAGAAGAAAAAAGGUUUCUCAGUGUCUCUGAAGAGCCUGAAGCACUUUGACUGUGAGGAGAAGCAGGAGCUCAUAGAACGAGCUAAGGAGAACUAUUCCCGGGAGAUCGAGUGGUGCCUCCAGCUGAUCCUGGACUAUCGGAUCCGAGUGGGUUGUCAUUCUUUCACCGGGUCCUUCCUGGAGUAUUUUGCUGCUGAUAUCAGCUACCCAGUCAGGAAAGAGGGGUACCAGAGUGUGGUGCAGAUGGCAUUCCCAAACACAGAGGAGGAAGGGGCUGGAGGGUCUUCCUCAGACACUUCCCCUCAGAAACCCCCGAGGAAGCUCCUCCCUGACAGGACCAGAGCUGCCAGGGACAGGGAGAACAAGAAGCUGGUGGAGUUCAUAGUAAAGACAAAAGGGGCUGAAGAACAUCUCUUAGGGAUCUUGAAAAGUGGGAAACAAUCCCGCUGGCUGAAGAAAUUCCUGAAUUCCAGCCGCUACAUGACCUGUGUGGAGACGUAUUUGGAGGAUGAGGAGCAGCUGGACCUGGUGGUUGGGUACCUGAAGGAGGUGUACAGGGAGAUGGACACCAAGAACCUGCACCAGAUCCUGGGGGAUGGCAUCAGGUUCAUCUCAGAUGUGCUUUUACCUGAGGCCAUCAUCUGUGCCAUUGCUGCUGUGGAUGACAUCGAUUAUGAGAAGGCAGAAGAGAAGUACAUUAAAGGACCACCUGUGAGCAAAAGAGAGAGAGAGUUGUUUGAUGAGCAAAUCCUGGGAAGCAAAAAGCUCAAGACAGAGCUGGAGCCUGCGGAGAGCUGAGGAGUGGCUGGGGCUGCCCCGGGGCCAGGUGUAAAUAACCCGUGGUGAUUUGUAUAAAACGUGGCAUUCUUUGUAAAGUCUGUGUGUAUAUUCCCAAAUAUUCUGCUCCCAGACCCAGCUGGCUCUCAGCCCUUGCUGCUUCCCGUGGCCUCGCCGUGUUCAGCUGCCUGUGAUCUGUUGGAUCCACCUGGAUCCUCAUCCAUCAGUGCCCUCCUGGGGGGCUGGCAGAGCCCCCCAGUGCUGUGCAGAGCUGCCUGCUGCUACACCAACUUCCAUCGGGAUUCUUUUAGCCAAAUACCCGGCAUGGGAAGGGCUCUUGUCCUGGUUUGUGGCCAGUGGUGCCUGGUGGCCUCGCUGCUCUCGAUAUAAAACCAGGGGGUUCCUGCAGGAAACACUCCCGGGGGGGGUUCACCCUUCCUGCUGCAAGUAUCUCCAAGUGUGGGAAGUCAGACUGGUGCCUGGAUCCAUACCUGCAUCACAAAGCGUUGGGCUUUUGUUGUUAUGACAAGUAAAAUUCCAUGGGCAGGGAAUCCAGGUUUGCUUAAACAAAAACAUUCCCUUUUCCUAGCGCAGUGAACCACUGGAUGCUGGUUUAUUGCCUCUUUUGAGGCUGUGAAUUUAGGGAGGCUUUAAUUGUCUUUUUCUCAUCUAAAUUCCCAAUUUAAUCCUGCCCAGCUCCCUGCCCACGUUUGCUGGAGCCGUGGCACAUGGAAGCAGUGUCACCAAGAACUAAUUAAUGAUGAAUAAUGAUAAAUGAUACAUAAAACCCCCUGAUUAGGGUUUCUCUGUGAUAAUGAAAUGCGAUCUCCUUGCUUGUCCAGUAAAACCCAGGAUGAUUUGAAAUGAAGAAGUUUCAAAUUGGGAUCCAGAUGUCUAUCCUGGCUGUAGCAAUUAUCUGAAUACAUUUUAAUUACACUUCUAAUUGCUCUGUGCUCUCUAAUGAGUUUCACCACGGAAUCCUUAUUCCCAUUAUCUCAAGUACCUCAAUGCUAGGGACAGGCCAGGAAGUGAGGGUUUUAUUAAAACUUGUGAGGAGGGAUAAUGAGUUUUAUGGGAUAGUAUAAAAAAUUAACGACAGGCUUAACUCAGAGCUGUGAGUGGCACUUUCCCUUUAGAGGUGAGAGGCUGGGGAGGGAUUUCCUGCCCCUCAUCCUGGUGCUGUGAGGUAAUUUGGAGAUGGGGGAUCAACUUCCCCCUCUUUACAUUAACCCUGUGUUCCCUUCUCAAUCAAAAUUCCUCAACUGCUGUUAAGAUCCUGCUCCACACCAGUGCACAGAAGCAGAACCACCUCACCUCGUCUUCACAGCAGCUGUGGAAUGCUGGAAUGGUUUGGGUUGGAAGGGACCUUAAAGCGCAUCCAUGGGCAGGGAUACCUUCCCCUAUCCCAGGUUGCUCCAAGCCCCGUCCAGCCUGGCAUUGGACACUUCCAGGGGUAACCCUGACCUUGUACCACCCCCAUCCAGUGCUGCCCAGCCAGUCACUCACUGGUCCUGGACACCAGGCUCAGCCUCACCAUGUACAAAUCACGUGGACCUAAUAAAGUGGGAUGAUGUGAAUCAUCAAAGAUUUGCUGCUUUUGUUUAAUUAUUUUAAUCUGUGGUGGGUGGUGCUCAGGCUGGUGCUUCCACCCUGGUUUUACAGCAGGUGAAGAUUGGUUUUAUACAUCAGAUAAAGCUGUAAUAUCCUGUCUCUGUCUCGGUUUCACAUUAAUAAUCAUUGGAAAAUGAA